AUGGAGGACGGCGGGACGGCCGGAGUUGGAGGUGGUGCGCUAGGCUGCUUGUCUGCGGGGUGCAGGUUCGCGCGGUGUCUUGACAACAAGUACAUCAUCAUCAUCUUAACCAACUCACAGGCCGCACAACGGAACGAAUUGCACCGCUGCGACGAGCUUGCGUCGACCAGCCAUCUUCAGGAGAACAUGACGGACCGCGAGUUUUCUCCGGCGUGCGGCGGCCAGGCGGAGACGGCCAUCGACGACCUCCCGCUGGACGUGCUGUCCCUCGUGCUCCGCCGGCUGGACGGCGCGUCCCUGGCCGCGCUCGGCUGCGCGAGCUCCGGCUUCCACGGCCUCGCCGCCGACGCCGACACGUGGCGCGGCCUCUGCCUCGCUCUCUGGCCGUCGGUCGCCGCCGUCCCCCUUGAACCAGCCUGCUGCCGCGGCGACGGCUUCCACCGUGCGCUAUUCGCCGACGCGUUCCCGUUCCCAGCGACGACGGCGACACCAGCGGCGACGACGGCAGCGGCGCCCGCCCUGCCCGGCCGCCUCGUGUCGGCCGUGGACCUGCACCACAAGGGGGUGUGCAUCAUGUCGCGCGUGGUGGACACGGACGCCUCCACGCCGUGGUUCCUCGGCUCGCCCUUCCGCGUCGACGCGCUCCUGCAGGAGGGCUUCACCGCGCCGUCGCAGAUCGCGCCCGCGGAGCUCGCGCUCAGCUGGGUGCUGCUGGACCCGGCCUCCGGCCGCGCCGUCAACGCGUCCAGCCGCCGCCCCGUGUCCGUUGACCGCAGCUGGCUCACGGGCGAGACCGUGGCGCGCUUCACCGUCGUGCUCGGCGGCGUCGCGCUGGACGCCGCCGUCACCUGCGACGACCGCUACGGCCACGUCCGGGAGGUCAGCCUGUGCGUCGAGGACGCCGACGGCGGCGGCGUCAGCGGGCGGGACGGGCUGGCAGCGCUCGCCGCGGCCAUGGCCGCCCCGAGGCGGGGCCGGGGCGCGGAGGCGGAGGCACGGGCGGCGCGCCGGUACGCCGAGUUCGUCAAGGGGAAGAGCGCGCGGAAGGAGUGGAAGGCCAGGCGGGAGGGCCUGGUUGACCUCUGCUGCUCCGGCGUCGGCGCGGCGGCGUUCGUCGGCUUCCUCGUCAUGCUCACGUGCCGCUGA